ACAGCUAGUCGCUCGCUCUCUCGGCAGGAACUUGUUUUGUUUUGAAACCUUUAAGAAAAAAAAAGUAAAAAUGCCCAAGGACGACCCCGAAACAGCAGCUCUUAAAAAAGAGCUAACGGACCUCAUCGCUAAAUGCAAGGCCGAACAAGAGAAGGUGGCAGACGCGAAGCUCGACGAGAAAUGUGGCGAUAUGGGCGACGUGCAGAAAAUACGUUUCGUGACAAAGAAAACUCUAAAAGGACAUAUUAAUAAAGUUAACUCUGUACACUACAGCGGUGAUUCUCGGCAUUGUGUGACCGGCUCAUUGGACGGUAAACUAAUAAUUUGGGAUACAUGGAGCGGUAACAAGGUGCAGGUCAUACCGCUGCGUUCUGCUUGGGUAAUGAGCGUGGCGUUCGCUCCAUCAGGAAACUUUGUCGCAUGCGGGGGUAUGGACAAUAUGUGCACAGUUUACGACGUAAACAAUAGGGAUGCGACGGGAUCAGCCAAGAUGGUUCGAGAGUUGGCCGGCUAUGAGGGGUUCCUCAGCAGUUGUCGCUUCCUUGAUGACACGCAUAUCCUCACUGGCUCCGGUGAUAUGAAGAUUUGCGUCUGGGAUUUGGAGGCUGGUAGAAGAGAAGUGGAGUUUGACGCUCAUGCGGGCGAUGUCGUCACCAUUUCAUUAGCACCCGACAUGAAGACUUAUGUCACGGGUUCUGUGGACAGAACAUGUAAACUUUGGGACGUGCGUGCUGAAAAAGCAAAGCAGACCUUCUUUGGACACGAAGCCGAUGUUAAUAGCGUUUGUUACCAUCCUAGCGGCCAGGCUUUCGCGACAGCAUCUGAAGAUAAGACUGCUCGCCUGUUCGACCUUCGCAGCGACCAGCAAAUCGGUCACUACAAACCUCCAGGAAACAGCGGUUUUACUAGUUGCGGUUUAUCUCUUAGCGGGCGUUAUUUGCUGGCCGGUUCCGACGACAACACUGUGCAUUCUUGGGACACUAUGAAAGUCGCUCACACAGGUCAACUGAACGGGCAUGAGAACAGGGUAACAUCCAUCUCUAUGGCACCGAAUGGAAUUGCCCUGGCCAGCUGCUCCUGGGAUCAGAGCGUCAGGGUUUGGGGCUAGGAACGUUCUUGGAAUUAGCGGUACACGUAUCAAUUGAAAUUAUAAGUGUCACCUCGUGGCCAAUUAAUUUAUUUCUGUGACAACCCACAUAAUCCAAAGCAUAAAGCUGGUACGUGCCAUCCUAUAAAUAACUGCAAUACGCAUUCAUUCAUUCAUGUAUAUUUAUUUAUUUUUUAUUUUACUGCAAGUUAACCCUUAAGUACUUACAAUCUCACGCGGUGGUAAGCGAUGAUGCAGUCUUAAGAUUGCCCGAAAUUAAAUAAUGAAUCCAAUCCAAAAUCUUCAGAUCAAAGAUUACAUUUAAUAGUAGUCUUUUUGUCCUACUUUCAUUUGCCCUUGUUUUAUUGUCGAAGGAUGGCUUCACUAACUCUAUUAUAUACUUAAGGUGUAAAAUGGUAACUGUACCAUUUUACACCUUAAGUAUAUAAUAGAGUAUAAUUGCUAACCCCAUAAGGAUUAUAUUAAACCUGUAAACACUUAUCGGUUUCUAAGCAGCAUCGCUCUGAAAAGAUACAUCGUUUGUCGACACGUCUUUGUCAGUAACUGGUAUCUAGCACCACUGGAGCUUCACACCGGACCAGGGAAAAUUUAAAUUUUCUAAUUGCCUCUGCCGAAGAUCUAUCCCGGGACCUACCACUUAUAAGCGCUUUAUUUUGCCAAAGAGGUUGUUAAAAAAAUAUGUUAAGAUCGAGCUGUAUGUACUCCACGCUGGAACCGUCCAGUCUGAAGUACCUAUCGCUUGACCUUAUUUUAUGUUUUAUGUAAUUCGAUGCUUUGACUUAAGUUGAGGUUGGACGAAAUGGGACAUCGCUGAAUACAUGAAUAUUAUCGUAACUACCCUUUUUCCGAAACUAGAUGCGUAAAGCUGACUUAAUUAUUUACUUCAAAAAAUAAAAAUUUUAAAGAAAAAUGGCGCAUGCAUUACAUUAUUUUUUAUAAAAUUGCUAAGUCUAUAGGUUAAAAUAUAUUAAUUAAGGUAUUUCAGCGACCGAUCACGAGUUCGUUUUGGAAAGAGUUUUGUUUUUAUGAUGCCGAGAUUAAAAGAUAUUCAGUUUUAACUUUUGUAGGUUAUUUCCAUUUUGACACUACGUGGUACGAGUCUCCUCCCACAGUGAAACGGAUUUGUGGUGUCUAAAAUGUCCACUGAGAUCAGCUUAAUACUAAUACAAAUAAAAAUAUAGAUAUAAACCACCCCUCUGUCGAUUCCUUUACACUAUAUUUUUCCCCUGUCAUAAUAUUACUAUGUUCAUAUAUUUUAAGUAUAUAUCAAUAGUUAUUAUAUUCAUUUCAUAUUACGUAUAAUUUUAUAUAUUCUAUCUAGGUACUUUUAAUGUCGGUUUACUUAUUUUUGUUUCUUUUCAAACCUUCCCACCGCCUAGUCACUGGAAAAGAUCUCAUAAUAUCGACAUAAGUGUUUCACUGGCCACUCUUUUAAGCGUUCCUAUGUCAGAAUAGUUGAGUUAGAUUUAAGACCUUUAUAAAAAUAAUUAAACAAUUUGCCGAAAUUUAUGUUUUACGUUAUUAUUAAAUGUUAUAGUUUUAAGUUGUUUGAUAUUGAUUAUUUUAGUGAUUACUGAUUAAAGAUACGCUAUUCUAAAAUAAAUACAUCGUAUGAGUUUUUAUAAAUAAUUUUGACUUUUGAAUUAAUACGUAUCCUAACGAAAUAUUAUAUUCAUAGUUUAUAUUGUUAGUGAAGUUCAUAUA